AUGUCGACCGCAGCCCUUAACAACCUUGACGAGGCCAGCCAGAAGGAGAUCUUGGCGUUUGUGGAGACUGCGCAAUCAAGAGCGAGUAUUCAGAGCUCCAUUAACAACUUCGUCGACACCUGCUUCCCCAAGUGCGUGACCCGUGUUUCUGGUGACGCCCUUUCCUCAACUGAGAAGUCGUGCCUUGCGAACUGCGCAGACAGAUUUUUGGAUGUCAACCUUCACAUUGUCAAGCAAUUCGAGAAGAUGCAGGGAAGAUAG